AUGAAAACCCAUUUCCUCCUUUCCCUCCUAUUCUUGACAUCAACAUUCUCCAAUCUCCGCCCAACAGCCACCGCCGGCGAAGGUUACGGUUACGGCGACACCGGUUUCAUCCGCACAAGUUGCAACACCACGCUGUACCCGGACGUGUGCUUCUCCUCCCUCUCUCGCUACGCCAGCGCCGUUCAGCAGAGCCCCGCCCACCUCGCUCGCGUCGCCAUCGCCGUUACGCUCUCAAAAGCUCACCGCAUCGCCUCCUACCUCUCCCGCCAAGCUGACUACGCCGCCGACGACUCCCGCGCCGUCUCCGCCGCCCUCCACGACUGCUCCGACAACCUCGACAACGCCGUCGACGAGAUCCGCGACUCGCUCAGGCAGAUGCGCCUGCUAGGAGCCGGUUCUGGUUCGGUGUCCGGUUCGUUCCGGUUCGGCAUGAGCAACGUGCAGACGUGGAUGAGCGCGGCGUUAACGGAGGAAGAGACCUGUACGGACGGGUUCGAGGACGUACCGAAUGGUUCCCUGAAAACGGAUGUAUGCGAUCGCGUCUCUAAGGUGAAGAAGUUCACGAGCAAUGCUUUGGCGCUGGUGAAUAGUUACGCUAACCAAGUAAUGCCUUGA